CACCAGUACCUUCCUUAUUGUCUUGUCAAGCCACAACUUACUGUAUAGCUAAUGCUUUUACAACCUUACUCGCACAGAGGAAAAGGUUUUUGUCGGAUUUGUGGUUGGUUGGGGGAGGGGUUUUACAAACAGACCAGGCAGGAAGAGACCUGCGUGUUAACAUUUUGGCAUAAAGACGUGAUAGACCCCUGCGGUGUUGGGGCUGUAAUACUCCUUGAUAGCCAUUAUAACGUGAGAAUCGUAAAAAUAACCAUUUAAUAUCAAACCCUAGAGACACAUUUUUCACAAAACGAGCGACCCCCACCCCUCCAGAAACCAGGGUCAAAGUUCACAGGAAGCUGGGGGGCUGCCAUUUUUCCCUGCUAACGUUAGAUGCUAAAACGACGGGGAGGGCGGUUGGUUUUGGAUUUUGUAGCUAGCUGGUAUCAACCGAUCGGAUUCGUUAAACAAAACCCGUCAUUUCUCCGACCGUUGUCGCUAACAACCAUUGUUAUUGGAUGAAUUCGGCAUGGAGAAGGUAGCGGAGCCGUCUUGGACUUCUUCGUACACCUAUCAGGUGAGCAAGCACAGUGCGGAGAUGCUACACAACCUCAACAUUCAGAGGAAAGAUGGAGGAAGGUUCUGCGAUGUGAUCCUGCGCGUCGGCGAGGAGAGCUUCCCUGCACACAAAGCUGUGUUAGCGGCGUGCAGCGAGUAUUUCGAGUCGGUCUUCAGCCGCCAGGCGGAGGGCGACGCCAAGGAGCUGGAGAUGCACACUAUCAGCCCAAAAGUUUUUAAAGACGUUUUGGACUUCGCAUACACCUCUAGGAUUGUGGUGCGAUUGGAGUGCUUUCCGGAGUUGAUGACAGCUGCCAAGUUUCUGCUUAUGCGAUCCGUUAUUGAGAUAUGUCAGGAGGUAAUCAAGCAGUCAAACGUACAAAUCCUCGUCCCGACCUCACGGGGAGGAGAAGCCAGCCUUUUCCAGGCCACAGGGGCCACGGAGCUGGGUUUCCCGGUGGCGCAGCAGGAUCUGGUGAACGGAAUGGCAAUGCUGGUGAACGGUCAAAGCUUUGCUAACAAUGCACAAAUGCAUGUGGAUGGGAGUGAAGACACUGCCGCCGUGUUAUUGGAGGACGGCGGCGGGUCGUCGAUGCGAAUGUUGGUGCCUGUCGAAGCACUGUCCGUUUCCCCAUCAACGGAAACACCGGGAAACACGUUUCAGCAUGACGCUGGCUCCCCGGGUUCGAAAAGGAACAAGGGGAGACCAAAGAAAGCUGUCGGGGUUGUGGAGGCUGUACACUUUAAUCACAGCACCCAGAAAGACAAUGGGCUGUUUCCCUGCGGGACUUGCGGUAAAGCAUUCACAGAAGCUUCCCGGUUGAAGAACCACGAAGCGCAACACGGAGCCCACACCGGCGGUGUAAACAACGUCGACGACAGCCUGUCAACAGCGGGUGGCAUUUCUUUAAUGUCUCAGUCGGGUUUAGUGGAAAACGGUGUGCCGUUACACGGAGGGCUCACACUGGAUAACGGUCGCAAACGGGAGAGGACCAGGCGGCAUGUCGGCUGUGACAUUUGCGGUAAAGUUUUCCGCGACGUUUACCACCUGAACCGACACAAGCUCUCCCAUUCAGGGGAGAAGCCGUACGCUUGCCAUGUGUGCGGGCUCCGUUUCAAACGCAAGGACAGGAUGUCGUACCAUGUGCGGUCCCAUGACGGGUCAGUCGGGAAACCUUAUGUAUGCCAAAGCUGUGGUAAAGGUUUUUCAAGACCAGACCACCUGAAUGGACAUAUUAAACAGGUUCACACAACAGAGAGACCACACAAGUGCCAGAUUUGUAACGCCUCUUUUGCUACAAGAGAUCGCCUCCGGUCGCACCUUGCAUGCCAUGAGGACAAAAUUCCUUGCAAAGUUUGUGGCAAGUUUCUGCGAGCUGCCUACAUGACAGACCACCUCAAGAAACACAGUGAAGGGACGCACAACUACUGUGGCAUUUGCAACAAAGGUUUCUCCACUGCGUCCUACCUUAAGGUCCAUAUAAAGACACACCAUGGCUCUCCACUGCCCCCCUCUGCCACAAUGCACACCUUCCCUGAGCCAAGGGGGGAGCUGCAGAUGCACAACGGCACCCCUUACCACAUGGGACGCCAGUGCUCAGUGGAAGACCUGUGUGCCAGUCACCAGCUUCUUCUCACCUCGUCUGAGGCAGAGGGUCGCUUUCAUGGGCUCUCUGGACACCCAGUUCUUCCCCAUCCUGGCCCUCCAGCCUUGGGCCUGCAGCCUGAGCUGCUCAUGGGGAAGGCAGGUGGGGCUCCAUAUUUCUGGGAUUGUCGCUCUGGCGGGGUGCCUGGCUUCCCUGUCCAUGGGCCUGCUGCAGAUGGGCAGGAAAACACUGGGAAAUGUCACCAUCUGGAAUCAGAAGAAUCCGAUCCUUCGUUUGGAGAAUUGUCCAACGGUGACGAGCUGAAAUCUCCACACAAACCUGACGGGCCGGAGCUCGAGAUGCCCCCUUUAGCCUGUAACGGAGCCUCUGCGGAGGCCUUGGGCUCUCCAGAGGGAUCUAAAGCCAAGACGGACCCUGAGAAGAAGUUUAGCUGCGGUAUUUGCGGUCAGGCCUUCCGCACCAAGUCCUACCUCAACAAGCACCAGCACAGAGUUCACAAAGCCCAGAAGACCCAGGGGGUUUCAGGGUCGGGCUUAAAUGAGCUGACCCCCUCCCUGACCUCUCCCUUCUCCCCUCAACAAAACAUGUCCCUGCUUGAGUCUUUUGGCUUUCAGAUAGUCCAGUCUGCUUUUGCCUCUUCACUGGUUGAUGCUGAGGCAGGUCAAAGUGGAAUUGACUUUGGAGGGAAGUGACAUAUUUGCUAAAGUUCUAGCAAAGACUCUCAUUCUUAUGACAAAGCUGGGUUGCCCACAGAAGAUGCUCUGUAUUUGGGAAUAACUUUGCCUCAAGGCUAAUUUUUCUUUGUUUCCUCACUUAAUGUGUAUCCGAUAUUUUUGUCACAGACGCCAUACAAUUCCUACUUUUUCUACUUUUUCAGAGUAUGAAAAGUGCAUGCACGUGUUUGAAUUUUCUUUACAAAGAAACGACAUGAAGGUCUUAUGUCCUUUACCUGAUGUGGAUCAGUUGAAGUUAUGUUUGGUAUUCUUUAUUUGUUUUUGGCUUGCGUGUAAUUGAGCUUUUUUCACUGCACAAACGUUUCUUGACAAGUAAUUACUUACUGUUUGUCUGCCCACUUUAACUGCUCUGAUGUACCUUGGCCAAUACAAUAAUUUUAAUGCUUCAUAUUCCUCGUUCCCUCAAAGGCUGUAACAGUUGUCUUUACUUCAGAGCAACAAGAGGGCUGAGUUCUGUAUUUAUGUUUCUGCUUCUUUUAAGAAAGAUUUUGUUUUUCUUAAGAACAGGGAUUUAAUUUGGCUCAAUUUUGAUUUUUCUUGUAAUAUAGUAAUUGUUCCAAGAAACAUUUCUAACAAGCGCACGGCAUAUUUUUCGACACAAGUUAGCCUAUUUUUCUUUGGCUUCAUACAGAAAGUAUCCGUUUGCUGGCCACUGAGUAUCACUGAUAGCUGUCAGGGACCUUAAUGAAUUACUAUUGACAGGAUUACAGUUAAGAAGCACUUUUAAAACAUUAACAACUUAUUUUUUGAACCGUUACUGCCUCCAUAUAAAGAUCAUCUGGCACCAUCAAAUCUGGCACUUUUUUUUUAGGUGAAACAAGAGAAUAAGCUACCUCACUGAAGAAAAGAACACCAUAGUGUUUCUCAUAGUCGAGUUAAAUGUUGCGCCAACUUCAUGAGAUUUUAACUAUAAAAAGUUGUAGCAAAUGUGAAAACCAACCACUCUUCCUGAAAUGGGAAAAGCUUUAAAAGCACCAUAGCUUUAUUUCUUUUAGUUUUAUUUUCAGAUCCAGGUUUUUAAUGUUUGUAGCGGCUACUGGUAGACACAGUUCUUUUUAAUUAUUUGAACAAAGCCUUUGAGGUGUGUUGCCAUUCCGCAUUAACCUGAGGUUGGGAAUCAGAGAGCAGUGCUGGUCCACCAAUUUUCUAGCUGGAGGGACUUGUGCUCUAAAUGAAGCAACUACGACUCUACUAGCUGCUCAUUUGGAUGUAAGAGGGCUGUUAGUCAAUUUUUGAUUUGAUGAUUUGGGAAUUAUUUAUACAAACAAAGCAGAGGUAAGAAGAGGAAAGGCAUUAUUACAGGACCAAAAAAUGUUUUUAACCUGCAAAAUUUGUCUUGAAAACAUGCCUUGAGCUUGUUAGGAAGCCCCCCCCCCCCCAAAGCCUUGUUUGUGAGGUAUUAAAUCAUUUGUGUGUGUACUGAACAGGGACCAAGGUCAGGUAUAUUUUCAGCAUAUAUUUUGAGAAAUGUAGAUUAUAUUUUAUUAACUUAUUCAUGCCCUCGGUUUUGUGUACAGUUUUUAUGUCCAACAAAAAUCUUGUGAUUUGCUUGUUUUGAUGAUUUUUCACUCUAAAUGAUGUUAACUGUAGAUGUGCGGUUGUGUGUGUUGUACGACAGCUAGAGCACUGAUCCACCAGCCUCUGGACCGACCAAACGUAAUACUACUUUUACAGAGUCGAGUAAUUAAGCUCACUUUAUUUCUUCGGUGUUUCUUCCUCUUCAUCACUUGCAAUUCUUGUAUUGCUCACCCAUCUUCUGUCAGAUUUGCUUGUGCUGUUAGAUGAUAGGUCUUGUGUUUGCACUAAUGGUCGCUAGGUUACGGUGCAAGCUAUCCAUCCGAGUGUCUUGCAGUGAAAUUAUGUUUUAUCCAAAAUGUUGAACCAAGAAAUUUAAUUGAUGAGGACAGACUUAAUUGAAGGAUUCCUUGAAUCAAUGCGCAAUGGGAGCCUCACAUUCACUUUUUAGCUUUGCUUUGUUUGAUUUGUGAAUUGUUAAUGAAAACAUUUGUUAUUGAAAACAUUUUUACACCGAUGAAUUGGUUGUGCCUCUUAAAUAAUCAAACAGACUGUUACGGAUUAGCAGAAAUUGUGUGUGAAGAUCAAUAGCCUGUAAGUUAAGAUUCAUUUGGUUUUGGUUAAAAUAAUCAAAAUUGCAAAUGUGGACCCUUUUCACAAUCAUGACAUACUUCCUCUUAGUUUUGUAUGUACAAACACAAAAUACAAAACAAUACAAAAUAACACAAAAUAAGCAAUCACUGUUAGAAAAUUGGCAUCAAAACUCUGCCGGCAUUUAUUUGUGAGAAGAGUGCUCCACCAAAAUAAGUUUAAACGUUAAAAUGUAAUUAUCUUGUAUCUUAGUAACUUCUCUCACAACUCUUUCAUCAGUUAAUUAACAUCUUUUUCCAUAGGUCGGUGUUUUUUCCCUGUGUUGUAAGGAAGUGUGUGUGGUGUGUGUGUGUGUGGUGUGUGUGUGUGUGUGUGUGUGUGUGUGUGUGUGUGUGUGUGUGUGUGUGUGGUGUGUGUGUGUGUGUGUGUGUGUGUGUGUGUGUGUGUGUGUGUGUGUGUGUGUGGUGUGUGUGUGUGUGUGUCCUCUGAGUGUUUACUGCUUUGUUUGAUUAUUAUAUGUGUAAAUUAGGCUGUUAAAUUCAGUACAUUCCUAUAUUAUUUAUGGUUAUGUUGUGAUUGUAAGACAUGUAUAUACCAUUCAUAUACACAUUCUAUAAAUAUAUAAAUAUAUAUAAAUGUAUAUGAGCCAACCAAUAUGAUCAGUGAUUGUCAAUGGUGGUCCUGUACAGAUAGUUUUUUUCCUCGUCCAUUAUAGUGGAGAGAUGUUAAGUUAUGGCCAUUUGAUUGAAAGUGUAAACUGCAUGCUCUUGGUAUGCGAGCUGGGGACUGAAUGUCGAUCACUGGUCGGGGGCAGUAACAGUUUAACUGUUCACCGUAAUGUCACUCUGCUCUGGUAGCGGUCACACUGCCAGCUGCACGACUCGCAUCUUUGAGUUUUUUUUCUCCUUUUUUGAUCCACUCUGCACUAGUAUUUACUCCUUAAAAGGUGACAAGGGUUGUUUUUGUUAUUGCUUAUUUGAAAAAAAGUGGAAGAUACUGUAAGGAAAUGAUGUUCCUUUGUCUAUAUUCUUCACUGGGAAGUAUGAUUUUGUUUCACCCAUGUUGGUACUCAAGUGUGCGAGGUGUUUUUGUUAAGUAUUUAGGCUUAAAUGUUUUUGCUUUCUGCUUUGGUCUGUUGCAAAGUGCCUUCAAAAAUACUGAUUGUGCACAGCAGUGGAUUAAAAAAUGUCCUCUUUUCUAAAGGUUAAGAAUUGUACAGAGUGACUUGCAUUGCCACUUUUGUAUAAAAAAAUACACAGAAAAUGUACAAUAUGUUAACUUCGUAUUUUAUCAUCAUACUCAACAAGAUUGCUCUUAAGACGUGAGCUACAUGUUUUGUUAUAACGUCUUUGGACAUAUUUCAAUAUAAGCAUACUUUUCUAUAGAUAUUUGUUUUUGUACUCUGUUAUUGAGUCUCAUCUUUCUUGUUGGUACAGAGAUGAGCAUCAAAUAAAUUGCAAUUGG